UGCUCCUCCUCCUCCUUAUCCUCCGGUGAUGAUAGGCCCACGUUGGAGCUGAUGACGCCACGUGGCCGCAGCUAUGCCACCACUUACGAGCAGUAUGCCGCCUUCCCCAGGAGGAGAAGCUCCUCCUCGCCCUCGGGCGAAAUGCAAUCCCGGGCUGUGGACACCAGUGCGGACUUCGAGGUCCUGGAGGGACAGCCACGUGGCACCUCGGUGGGUUUUAUACCCACCAAGCCCAAGUUCUCGUAUCGCUUCAAUGAACCGCCGCGAGAAUUUACUCUGGAUCCGGUGACGGGCGAGGUGAAGACCAAUGUAGUGCUGGAUCGCGAGGGCAUGCGGGAUCACUACGACCUGGUGGUGCUCUCCUCGCAACCCACCUAUCCCAUUGAGGUGCGCAUCAAGGUGCUGGACAUCAACGACAACGCUCCCGAGUUCCCCGAGCCGAGCAUUGCCGUGUCCUUCUCGGAGAGCGCUGCCUCUGGCACGCGGCUGCUCAUCGACGCUGCCACCGAUGCGGAUGCGGGCGAGAACGGGGUGACGGAUCAGUACGAAAUCGUGGCCGGCAACGUGGACAACAAGUUCCGGCUGGCCACCACCACGAAUCCCAGUGGAGACAACUCUUAUUUGCACCUGGAGACGACGGGUAACCUGGAUCGUGAGUCACAGGGCAGCUAUCAGUUGAACAUCUCCGCAAGGGACGGAGGCACGCCGCCGCGCCUGGGUUUCCUGCAGGUGAACGUCACCAUUCUGGACGUCAAUGACAAUCCGCCAAUCUUUGACCACAGCGACUACAAUGUGUCCCUGAAUGAGACGGCGCUACCAGGCACUCCUGUGGUGACUGUGAUGGCCUCCGACAAUGAUCUGGGGGACAACAGCAAGAUCACCUAUUACCUGGCCGAGACGGAGCACCAGUUCACCGUGAAUCCAGAGACUGGUGUCAUCUCCACCACGGAUCGAGUGAACUGCCCCCAACAGACGAAUGUCAAGGGUUCCAACCAAAAGAGCUGCGUCUUCACGGUGUUUGCCCGGGAUCAUGGCUCACCCCGCCAGGAUGGGCGCACCUAUGUGACGGUCAACCUGCUGGACAACAACGAUCACGAUCCCUUCAUCAGCUUUGCGUACUUUCCGCCCACCCUGCGGAUGGCCAAUGUGGACGAGAAUGCGGAAAAUGGAACCGUUGUGGCAGCCAUAUCCGUGACAGAUGCGGACUAUGGCCUCAAUGGACAGACCACCACGCAGAUAGUGUCUGGCAACGAGCUGGGUCAUUUCCGCCUGGAGACGCUGUCCUACCUCCAAAUAGUGCGCACCAAUGGUGUCCUGGAUCGGGAGGAGAUCGCCAAGUACAACCUCUCCGUGGUGGCCACGGAUAAGGGCACUCCGCCGAGGACUACCACAGGAUACUUGAUUAUCUGCGUGAAUGAUGUGAACGAUCAUGAGCCCGUGUUCGAGAAAUCCGAGUACACGGCGGUGCUCAGUGAGCUGGCGCCCUCGGGCAGCUAUGUGGCCUCGAUUACGGCCACCGACGAGGACACUGGCGUCAAUGCCCAGGUUCACUAUGAGAUUCUCUCGGGCAAUGAGCUCAAGUGGUUCGCCAUGGAUCCCUUGACGGGAUUGAUUGUAACGGCCGGACCCCUGGACAGGGAGGUACGUGACAGCGUCGAGCUGAGCAUUUCCGCUAGGGACGGAGGCCCCAAUCCCAAGUUUGCCUACACCCAGUUGAAGGUGACGGUGCUGGACGAGAACGACGAGGCACCGCAGUUCGGGCAGCGUCAGCAGAAUGUGACCAUUGGAGAGGAAGCGCCCCCGCAGACACUCGUGGCUCUGAUGACGGCCACCGACCACGACCAGGGCACCAACGGUUCGGUGACAUUCAGCUUGGCGCCCAGCGUGGAGCGCCUGUAUCCGCGCCAGUUCGCCCUCGACGCGCUAACGGGCCAAUUAACGACGCGCCUGGCCCUCGAUCGUGAGAAAAUGGCUCGCUACGAGAUACCGGUGAUAGCCCGCGAUCAGGGUUCGCCGCCCCAGUCGGCCACGGCCACCGUCUGGCUCAACGUGGCCGAUGCGAACGAUAACGAUCCGGAGUUUUAUCCCAGGCACUACAUCUACACGCUCACCGAGGCCGAUAUCGAUGGCAAGAUGGCAAGGGAGUCGGAGCAGGGCGAGAGGAUGCUGCUCCGUGUCACGGCCUCAGAUCAAGACGCCGGCGAUAAUGCCUUAAUUGAGUACAAGCUGGAGUCAGGUGGAGAGGGCUACUUCCAGCUGGAUUCUCGCUCGGGGGCCAUCAGCCUGCGUGGCACGACGGCCUCUUCCGCUCACCUGAAGCCCCGCUACAGGCUGCAGGUCUCGGCACGUGAUGCAGGCCAGCGUAGGAGCCAGAGGGAUGCUGUGGUGGAGAUUGUGCUCAAGUCCAAGGCGGAGACGCUAGAGUGCGGUCAGGGACCGGGUGGUUAUGAGUUCCAGAUGGUCGAGGAUCACGAGCAGCAGCAGCAGCAGAAGCAGAAGCAGCCCGGCAGCCGCGAGGUGGGGGUGGUGCAGAUGAAGCCCCUGCCCAUGGGCAAGCCCUCGCAGCCCAUCGAGUACGACAUCAUCGAAGGCGAUAGGUCUCAGAAUUUUGCCAUUGAUGCCAAGACAGGACGCAUUACCACCGCCCGCGCCUUGGAUCGCGAAGAGCAGGCCCACUAUCGGCUGACCAUCUUGGCCAGCUCCAGCAGCAGCAGCAGCUCUUCCACUGUCCUGUACGGUCAAUGCAUUGUCAAUGUGGCCAUCGUUGAUCUUAACGAUAAUGCACCCAUCUUUGCCUUGGAUCGGGACUCGGAAGCCACUAUCUCUCUGCCGGAGAAUGCGGCCGUGGGACAGGAGAUCUAUCUCUCUAGGGUGCGAGAUAGGGAUGCGGGCAUCAACAGCCGAAUCACCUAUAGCUUGACGCACAAUCCAGAGGAGCAGUUCCGCAUUGGACCUGUCACGGGAGUGCUUUACCUGCAGCGGCCUGUGAGAGCGGAGCCUGGAUCUGUGCUCCAAGUGGAGCUAAUGGCCACCGAUGCAGGUAGUCCGCCUCUCUCGAGUCGCUUGAGUCUCGCAGUGAACAUAGCCGAUGUCAAUGACCAUACGCCCGUUUUCGAUCACACCUCCUAUGAGACAUCCCUGCUGGAGAGCACCAAGGUGAACACUCGAUUCUUUGCCCUGCCCGCCACAGACAUUGACCUGGGCGAGAACGGACGUAUUUCGUACGAGAUAAUUGAGGGCAACCAAGAUCUCAUGUUCGGUGUCUUUCCCGAUGGAUUCCUGUUUGUGCGAGCUCCGCUGGACCGCGAAGAGCGGGAUUAUUAUGCACUGACUGUAUCCUGUAGGGAUGCCGGCCAGCCUUCCCGCUCCUCGGUGGUGCCCGUGGUGAUCCAUGUGAUUGAUGAGAACGACAAUGCGCCGCAGUUCACAAAUAGUUCGUUCACCUUUGACAUUCCGGAGAAUGCGCCGGCAGACACCUUUGUGGGCAAACUCACUGCCGUGGAUCGAGACAUUGGGAGGAAUGCAGAGCUCAGCUUCACCCUGACCACACACACGCAGGACUUUACGAUAGACACCAGGAACGGCUUCAUCAAGACAAAGCGUCCCUUCGAUCGGGAGUCGCUUGUCAAGGAGAAUCGCAACUUGGAGAGCGAAACGGAGGAUGAGCGUGGUGCAAGGUGGGGUUUUCCCACCGAAAAUCUACUGAUGCUACAGGCCACCGUCUCUGAUAAUGGGAUACCACGGCUGCACGACAAGGUCAAGAUUAUGGUUUAUGUCACGGAUGUCAACGACAAUGCACCUGAAUUCCUGCGUGCGCCAUACCAUGUAACCAUCUCCGAGGGCGCUUCCGAACGGACGCACAUUACCCACGUCUACACCCAGGAUGCGGAUGAGGGGCUGAACGGUGACGUUUACUACACACUGGCCCAGGGCAACGAAGCGGGUCAAUUCAGCCUGGACAGCGCCACGGGACAGCUCUCCCUGGCGCGCAGUUUGGACAGGGAAUCCCAAGAGAUUCAUCACCUUGUUGUCGUCGCUCGGGAUGCGGCCAUCAAGAACCCCCUAAGCUCCAAUGCCACCAUCACAGUUGUGGUGCUCGACGAGAACGACAAUGCCCCGGAGUUCACCCAAUCCAGUAGCGAGGUGUCUGUGCUGGAGACCAGCCCCACAGGCACGGAAUUGAUGCGCUUCCGAGCCAGUGAUGCCGACCAGGGUGUCAACAGCCAAGUGGUGUUCAGUAUAUCGGCGGGAAAUCGCCGGGAUACAUUCCAUAUUGAUAGCCUGACGGGUAGUCUGUAUCUCCACAAGCUCCUGGACUACGAGGAUAUUACCAGCUACACCCUGAACAUUACCGCCUCCGACUGCGGCACUCCUUCGCUCUCCACCACUGUUUUGUACAAUGUUCUGGUGGUGGACGACAACGACAACCCGCCAAUCUUUCCCAGCACGGCAAUUGUGCGACAGAUCAAGGAGGGCAUUGCCCUGAAGACACCCAUAGUCACGGUUACCGCCGACGAUCCGGAUUCGGGACUCAAUGGGAAAGUGAGCUACGCCAUCAGCAAGCAGGAGCCGGAGCUCCCGACAGGACGACACUUUGGCAUUAACACCGAGACUGGUGUGAUCCACACGCUGAGGGAGAUUGAUCGAGAAACCAUCGACACCUUUCGUCUCACCGUGGUGGCCACCGAUCGGGCUCAGCCCUCAGAACGACAGCUCUCCACGGAAAAGUUGGUCACUGUGAUCGUGGAGGACAUCAACGACAAUGCCCCCGUCUUUGUCUCCAUGAAUGCGGCGAUCCUGCCGCAAAAGAUCCUCACCUCCCAGAAGGGACUGGCAGUGAUGCAGGUUCAGGCAAAGGAUGCCGACUCCUCCAGCAAUGGCCUGGUCACCUACGAGAUUGUCAGCGGGCAGCAGGACCUUUUCCGGCUUCAGCGGAACACAGGCGUGAUAACCUUUACCCCCGGAGCGCAGUACAAGCCGGAGGUGCGGUAUCAGCUUACCCUGAAGGCCACCGAUGAGGCGGUGCAAAGCGAGCGCCGCAGCAGCGAGGUUUACAUCACCAUCAUCACUCCGGGAUCUGCUGCAGUUGGUGGUGACAGUGAAGCCUCUGUGCCGCGUUUCGAGCAGCGCAACAUGCUCUCCGGCUCAGUGUAUGAGAAUGAACCCAUUGGCACAACGAUUUUGACGGUGAGCGCUCACCUGGCGGGCUCUGAGAUCGAGUACUUUGUCACCAAUGUCACGGCGGCCAGUGGAGCUGCACGCGGUCAGGUGGAUCGCCUAUUCGACAUAGACGCCAAGCUGGGCAUUUUGUCCACGGCUGCAGAGUUGGACCGGGAAGCGGGACCGGAUGACUACGAAGUGGAGGUCUAUGCCAUUGCUCUUGGAGGCCAGCCGCGGACAGCGAGGACAAUGGUCAGAGUAACAGUUCUCGACAAGAACGACAGCCCACCGCAGUUCCUGGACACCCCGUUCGCCUACAAUGUCAGCGAGGAUCUGGAGAUUGGACACACUAUUGCCACGCUGCGGGCUCACGAUCCGGAUACGAUAGGCUCUGUGACAUUCCUGCUGAUGGAUGGCCAUGAUGGCAAGUUCCUGCUGGAGCCCGCCACGGGUAAGCUGCUCCUGAACGACACCCUGGACAGGGAGACGAAGUUCAAGUAUGAGCUCAGGAUUCGGGUGUCCGAUGGAGUGCAGUACACGGAUACUUAUGCUACAAUUGAGGUGACCGACACCAAUGACAAUCCGCCCAUGUUUGAAGACACCGUGUACUCCUUUGACAUACCGGAGAAUGCCCCGCGUGGCUAUCAGGUGGGCCAGAUAGUGGCCAAGGAUGCAGAUCUAGGACAGAAUGCCCAGCUAUCCUACAGCGUGGUCUCCGAUUGGGCCAACGAUGUAUUCAGUUUGAAUCCGCAAACGGGAAUGCUUACCCUUACAGCUCGCCUGGACUACGAAGAGGUCCAACACUAUAUCCUCAUUGUGCAGGCUCAGGACAAUGGCCAGCCUAGUUUGUCAACCACCAUCACAGUCUAUUGCAAUGUCCUCGAUCUGAAUGAUAAUGCUCCUCUGUUCGAUCCCAUGAGCUAUUCGAGCGAGGUAUUUGAGAACGUGCCUGUUGGGAUGGAGGUAGUCACUGUGUCAGCCAAGGAUAUAGAUUCGGGCAAUAAUGGGCUCAUCGAGUACAGCAUCACAGCGGGCGAUGCGGACUCUGAGUUUGGCAUCGAUAGCAAUGGCACCAUUCGCACACGUCGCCAGCUAGAUAGGGAGCAUCGAUCGGGAUACACACUGACUGUCACCGCUCGAGACUGCGCCGAUGAGUUUGCUUCCUUCAGCGAGCUGGAGGAGACGCAGCUGAAGCUGAAGUACCGCUCGCCAAGACGCUACGACCACGGACAACAGCAACAGCAGUUCCUGGCGCAUCAGAAGCAACAGCGCUUGUCGUCAACGGUGAAGGUAACGAUUCUCAUCAAAGACGUCAACGAUGAGGUGCCAGUCUUCGUUUCCGCUAACGAAACCUCGAUCAUGGAGAAUGUGGCCAUCAACACGCUCGUUAUCGCUGUCAAGGCUGUCGACAACGACGAGGGACGCAACGGCUUCAUCGAUUAUCUCCUGAAGGAGGCGACUGGCCAUGACUCCGCGGACUCCGAUCAGGAGCCUCUGCCCUUCUCCCUGAGCCCCACCGAUGGAUUACUGCGCGUCGUUGACUCCUUGGAUAGGGAGCUGCGCUCCAGUUACCUUCUCAACAUCACAGCUCGCGAUCGUGGAGAGCCCUCUCAGUCCACGGACUCCCAGCUCCUCGUGCGCAUUCUGGACGAGAAUGACAAUAGUCCCGUGUUCGAUCCGAAGCAGUAUUCCGCUUCGGUGGCGGAGAACGCCAGCAUUGGGGCCAUGGUGCUGCAGGUAUCCGCCACGGAUGUGGACGAGGGCGCCAAUGGACGCAUCCGCUACUCCAUAGUGCUAGGGGAUCAGAACCACGACUUUAGCAUCAGUGAGGACACGGGCGUGGUGCGAGUGGCCAAGAACCUUAACUAUGAGCGCUUGUCGCGCUAUACCCUCACGGUUCGUGCGGAGGACUGCGCCCUGGAGAAUCCCGCCAGUGAUACGGCGGAGUUAACCAUAAGCAUCCUGGACAUAAACGACAAUCGACCCACAUUCCUUGACUCACCGUACCUGGCCCGCGUUAUGGAGAAUACGGUGCCGCCGAAUGGAGGCUAUGUGCUCACCGUGAAUGCCUACGAUGCCGACACUCCGCCACUGAACUCUCAGGUUCGCUAUUUCCUCAAGGAAGGCGACACGGAUCUGUUUCGCAUCAAUGCCUCCUCGGGCGACAUUGCCCUGCUGAAGCCACUGGACAGGGAGCAGCAGAGUGAGUACAUCCUCACGCUGGUGGCCAUGGACACGGGCUCACCGCCGCUCACAGGCACUGGCAUUGUGCGCGUGGAGGUGCAGGAUAUAAAUGACAACGGACCGGUCUUUGAGCUGCAAUCGUAUUAUGCCUCCGUUAGGGAAAACCUUCCCGCAGGAACCCAUCUUCUUAGGCCCAUGGCCACGGAUAAGGAUGAGGGACUGAAUGCCAAGCUGCGCUUCAGCCUGCUCGGUGAGCACAUGACGCGCUUCCACAUUGACUCAGCAACGGGAGAGAUCAGUACUGCUGUCUCCCUGGAUCGAGAGGAGACUUCGAUCUAUCAUUUAACGCUCAUGGCCCAGGAUAGCUCCGUCACGGAACCCCGAGCCUCCUCGGUGAACCUAACCAUCAGUGUGACGGAUGUCAAUGAUAAUAUUCCCAAGUUCGAUUCCAGCAGCUACCACGUGGCUCUGCCGGAUAGAAUUAGCACGGGCGAGUUUGUGUUUGGAGCCCGUGCCAUGGACUUGGACGAGGCCGAGAAUGCCUUGCUGCAGUACAGCUGGGGACGGGAUCAUCAGUACUUCGAGAUCAAUGCCAAGACGGGAGUGGUGAGCACGAAGCUGGAGCUCAAGAGUAAGUCUCCAACCUACAGCCUUGUGAUCUAUGCUACCGACCGAGGGGACAGCCCUCUCAACUCUACGGCCGACCUUACGGUGGAACUGCGACCGGGCGAUCUCUUUCCCAGCUACUCCUACAUGGCCAACAGUCACUUCACCUUGCCGGAGGAUGUGCAGCCGGGCAAAACCAUAACAAAAGUGAGUGCCACAUCCCCCAAGAAGGGUUCGGCUGGGAAGAUGCGCUAUGCCAUUGCUGGAGGCAACACCGGAGAUGCCGUGAGAGUGGAUGCCAGUACCGGCGUCCUGCGAGUGGGACAGGAUGGCCUGGACUAUGAGCUGACCCAUCUCUACGAGAUUUGGGUGGAGGCCGCGGACAAUGAUACGCCAAGCCUGCGCAGCGUCACCUUGAUCACGGUAAAUGUGACGGAUGCCAAUGACAAUGCUCCCGUGAUGGAGCAACUCAUCUACAAUGCCGAGGUACUCGAGGAGGAGUCGCCUCCACAGCUGAUAGCCACGGUCAGAGCCAGCGAUAGGGAUUCCGGGGAAAAUGGCAAAGUAAUGUAUCGUCUAAGAAACUCCUACGAGGGAACCUUUGAGAUCACCGAAGCGGGCGAGAUUUACACAAGGAUGAGGCUCGACAGGGAGGAGCUUGGCGACUAUGCUUUCGUGGUGGAGGCCGUGGACCAGGGUGUACCACAUCUUACUGGCACGGCCAGUGUGCUGCUUCAUCUGCUGGACAAGAACGAUAAUCCGCCCAAGUUCACGCGUCUCUUCUCCUUGAAUGUCACUGAAAACGCAGAGAUUGGAAGCUUUGUCAUCCGUGUUACUUCCUCGGACUUGGAUCUUGGCCCGAAUGCGAAUGCCACAUAUUCUUUUAGUGAGAAUCCCGGAGAGAAGUUUCGAAUUGAGCCGCUGAGCGGGAACAUCACCGUGGCCGGGCACCUUGAUCGGGAGCAGCAGGAUGAGUAUGUUCUGAAAGUGGUGGCCUUUGAUGGCGCCUGGCGAGCAGAGACACCCAUCACCAUAACGAUCCAAGACCAGAACGACAAUGCACCCGAGUUUGAGCACAGCUUCUACAGCUUCAGUUUCCCGGAGCUGCAGCACUCUAUCGCCCUGGUGGGCCAGAUUAUAGCCACAGAUCGGGACAAACAGGGCCCCAACUCGGUCAUCUCCUACUCCCUGCAGCAGCCCUCGCCCAUGUUCAGCAUUGACCCAGCCACCGGGGAAAUCUUCAGCAAAAAGGCGGUUCACUUCAAGCACUCGCAGUAUGUCCGCUCGCCGGAGAACAUGUAUGCCCUUACGGUCCUUGCCACAGAUAAUGGCAAGCCGCCGCUGUACUCCGAGUGUCUGGUGAACAUCAACAUCGUGGAUGCCCACAACAAUCCGCCACAGUUCGAGCAGAAGGAGUACCUGUCGCCUUUGCCGGAGCACGCUAUGCCGGGCCAGCGUAUAGUUCGGGUCCAUGCCACGGACAAGCAGGAUGCGGCCAGCGCCAGCGAGAUGGAUUACUCCUUGGUUAGCUCUAACCUGAGCUCCAUCUUCACCAUAGGGCGUCAUGAUAGCUGGAUCUCCUUGGCAAAGCGACUUGAAGUGGCCCCCAACUCACGCUUCGAACUGGUUGUCCGAGCCACCGAUCGUGGUGUGCCUCCGCAGUCGGAUGAGACCCGCGUCGUGAUCGUGGUCACCGGGGAGAAUCUCUACGCUCCCAAGUUCUCAGCCAACAGCUACCAGGUGAGCGUGCUGGAGAACGAGCCCGUCGGCUCCACCAUCCUCACAGUGGGUGCCACGGACGAGGAACCGGGGCCCAAUGGCAUGCUCCGAUACUCCAUCUCAGGUGGCAACGAGCGACAGGACUUCAGUGUGGAUGAAAAGACGGGUGGAAUCCUGAUACGACAGCAGCUUGACUACGAUCUGGUGCAGGAGUACCACCUGAACAUUACGGUCCAAGAUCUGGGCUUCCAGCCUUUGGAGGCGGUGGCCAUGCUCACCAUCAUCCUCACCGAUGUCAACGACAAUCCACCGGUGUUUGACCACAUGGAAUACCAUGGCUACAUAGCCGAGAACAAGCCGGCGGGCACUUUUGUGUUCCAGGCCCAUGCCACCGACAAGGACUCCCCGAAGAAUGCGAUUAUCCAUUACUCUUUCCUGCCGAGCGGCACGGAUAGGCACUUCUUCAGCAUAAACUCUGGCAAUGGGAGCAUCUCGUCCGCCGCCAUCUUCGACUACGAGGAGCGUCGCAGCUACACGCUCCAGCUGAAGGCCAAGAACCCCGACUCCAGCAUGGAAAGCUAUGCUACGCUCUAUGUCCACAUUCUUGGAGUGAAUGAGUUCUUCCCGCAGUUCCUGCAGCCAGCCUUCCACUUUGAUGUCUCCGAGACCUCCGCCGUAGGCACUCGGGUCGGCGCUGUCCAGGCCACGGACAAGGACAGUGGAGAAGAUGGACGCGUCUACUAUCUCCUCGUGGGCUCCAGCAAUGACAAGGGCUUUGGGAUCGAUACCAACACUGGGGUGAUCCAUGUGGCCCGUCACUUGGACAGGGAGACCCAGAAUCGGGUAUCGCUCAUGGUGAUGGCCAAGAACUAUGGCAGCAUCCGCGGCAACGACACCGACGAGGCGCAGGUCAUCAUCUCCAUUCAGGACGGCAACGACCCGCCGGAGUUCAUCAAGCGCUACUACACCUCCACGAUUUCGGAGGCGGCGCCAAUAGGCUCGAAAGUGACCACCGUCAAGGCCAUCGACAAGGAUGUGCGGCCGCAGAACAACCAGUUCAGUUACUCCAUCAUCAAUGGCAACCUCAAGCAGAGCUUCCGGAUCGAUGUGCAGACGGGGGAGAUCAGCACGGCAGCCCAGCUGGAUCGCGAGGAGAUUGCCACCUACAACCUGGUGAUUGGAGCAAUAGACACGGGACUGCCGCCGCAGACGGGCAGUGCCACGGUGCGCAUAGAUCUGGACGACGUCAACGACAAUGGACCCACCUUCACACCCGAAGGCCUUACAGGCUACGUGUCCGAGAACGAGCCGGCUGGCACGUCCAUCAUGACCCUAACGGCCAGUGAUCCGGAUCUCCCGCGGAAUGGUGGACCCUUUACCUAUCAGCUGGUGGGCGGCAAGCACAAGUCCUGGCUGCAAGUGGACAGGAGCUCGGGCCUGGUCAAGUCUACGGUUAGCUUCGAUCGCGAGGUUACGCCUGCUUUGGAGGCUGUGAUCGAAGUGGAGGACAGCGGCAAGCCCAGGCAGCGGUCGCAGCACAUCCUGCGGAUCACAGUGCUGGACCAGAAUGACAAUCCAUCCACGAGCAGGAAUCUUCAAGUGGCUGUAAGCCUUUUCAACGGCGAUCUGCCGUCCAAUGUGAAGCUGGCGGAUGUGCGACCCAACGACAUCGAUAUCGUUGGGGACUAUCGUUGCCGCCUGCAGAAUCUCGCCCAGAAUCAACUCACUAUCCUGCGGGCCUGUGAUCUGUACACCACCUCGCACACCACGCCCACCGCGUCGUCCUUUGGCUACACGGGCAACGAUGGCAAGCACGGCGAUGUGAGCUCCAAGCUGAGCGUCAGCUUCCAGAGCUUCAGCAAUGAGACUCUGGCCAAUACUGUGUCCCUGCUGGUGAGGAACAUGACGGCCUCACACUUCCUGUCCCAACACUAUCGUCCGCUGAUGGAGAUGCUUAAAUCCCGACUGAGCCAUGAAGGCGAAGUGCUGGUCUACAGCCUCCUGGAAGGCGGUGGCGGCAAUGCCACCAGCCUAGAGGUUCUCAUGGCAGUUCGCUCGGCAAAGAGGAGCUACCAGCAGCCGCGACAGAUCAUCGAACGCCUGCGGGAGAAGCGGGCUGCUCUGUCCGAGCUCCUGCAGAAGGAGGUCAUCGUUGGCUACGAACCCUGCAGUGAGCCGGAUGUGUGCGAGAAUGGAGGUGUCUGCAGCGCCACCAUCCGCCUGCUGGACACGCACACCUUCAGCAUUGUGGACAGUCCCACGCUGGUGCUGAGUGGUCCCCGCAUUAUCCACGACUACAGCUGCCAGUGCACCAGCGGCUUCUCUGGGGAGCAGUGCAGCCGGCGGCAGGAUCCCUGCCUCCCCAAUCCCUGCCAGAUGCAGGCCCAAUGCCGCAGACUGGGCAGCGACUUCCAGUGCGUAUGUCCGGCCAACCGGGAUGGGAAGCAGUGCGAGAAGGAGCGCAGCGACGUCUGCUGGAGCAAGCCCUGCCGGAACGGAGGCAGUUGCCAGCGCAGCUCGGAUGGUUCCUCCUACUUCUGCCUGUGCCGGCCCGGAUUCCGCGGGAAUCAGUGCGAGAGCGUCUCUGAUUCGUGUCGUCCGAAUCCCUGUCUUCAUGGCGGCCUGUGUGUCAGCCUCAAACCCGGUUACAAGUGCAACUGCACCCCUGGACGGUACGGACGGCACUGUGAGCGCUUUAGCUAUGGCUUUGAGCCACUCUCCUUCAUGACCUUCCCCGCCCUGGAUGUGACCACCAACGACAUCUCGAUUGUCUUUGCCACAACCAAACCCAACUCCCUGCUGCUCUACAAUUAUGGCAUCCAGAGCGGCGGCCGUUCCGACUUCCUGGCCAUCGAACUGGUCCAUGGCCAGGCAUACUUCUCCUCGGGAGGAGCGCGGACAGCCAUCAGUACGGUGAUAGCUGGGCAGAACCUGGCGGAUGGGGGUUGGCACAAAGUGACGGCCACACGGAAUGGACGCGUCAUGUCCCUGAGCGUGGCCAAGUGCGCGGAUUCGGGUGAGGUGUGCAUGGAGUGCACGCCGGGAGACUCCAGCUGCUAUGCCGACGAAGUGGGACCUGUGGGCACCCUCAACUUCAACAAGCAGCCCCUGCUGAUCGGCGGCCUGGCCUCCGCUGAUCCCGUCCUGGAGCGACCUGGCCAAGUGCAUAGCGAUGACCUGGUGGGCUGCCUGCACAGCGUGCACAUCGGAGGACGAGCCCUUAACCUCAGCACGCCCCUCCAGCAGAGAGGAAUCCUGCCGGGCUGCAAUCGCCAGGCUUGCCAGCCAGCCCUGGCCGCUGAGCGCUGUGGAGGAUUCGCUGGACAGUGCAUUGACCGCUGGUCCAGUUCCCUCUGCCAGUGUGGCGGCCAGUUGCAGUCACCCGACUGUGCCGACUCCCUGGAACCCAUUACUCUCAGUGGCGGCGCCUAUGUGGAGUUCCGUGUGUCCGAGAUCCAUCGACGCAUGCAGCUGUUGGACAAUCUGUACAGCUCGAAGAGCGCCUGGUCGCACAAUGGGCCCAGGGAAAGGCGGCAGGUGGGUGUGGGCAUCGGUGGCCACAACAUCAGCACCGCUUCCCAGAUCUACGAGCCGCCCAAGAUGCUCAGCCUGCUCUUCCGCACUUAUGUGGAUCAGGGCCUGAUCCUGUAUGCGGCCACCAACCAGAUGUUUACCUCGCUGUCACUCCAAGGAGGUCGACUGGUGUACUAUUCGCGGCAGCAUCUGGCCAUCAACAUGACUGUGCCGGAGCCCUCCUCCCUCGCCGAUGGCAAGUGGCACAACGUCAGCUUGUAUAGCGAAAGCCGGAGCCUGCGGCUGCUCAUCGAUGGUCACCAGGCGGGAGAUGAACUAGACAUUGCCGGCGUGCAUGACUUCCUGGAUCCCUACCUGACCACACUGAGCGUGGGCGGAGCACCCGGCGAGGAGGCCUUCGUGGGCUGCGUGGCCAAUGUGACGGUGAACAAUGAGCUGCAACCCCUGAACGGAUCCGGCAGCAUCUUCCCCGAGGUUCUAUACCACGGCAAGGUGGAGUUCGGCUGCAGUGGAAGCAUAGGUCUCGAUGCCGCCCAGGUGGCCGAUCCCCUGAGCAUUGGAAUCACUCUUGUGAUCGUCUUCUUUGUCAUCCUGGUGGUGGCCAUACUCGGUUCCUAUGUGAUCUAUCGAUUCCGUGGCAAGCAGGAGAAGAUCGGUAGCCUGAGCUGCGGCGUGCCUGGCUUCAAGAUCAAGCAUCCCGGCGGUGUACUGGGUGCAGGCAGUUCCGCAGUUUCACAGGACCAUGUCCUGGCACGAAAUCUCCAUCCAAGUGAGGCGCCGUCACCGCCUGUAGGAGCCGGGGACCAUAUGCGUCCCCCGGUGGGCGCCCAUCAUCUGGCCGGACCCGAGCUGCUCACCAAGAAGUUCAAGGAGCGCAGCGAGCUGACGCCUACGGCGGAGUUGCCGCAGCAACGUCCCCAGCGACCGGACAUCAUAGAGCGAGAGGUGGUAGGCAAGAGCCCACUGAUACGGGAGGAGCACCACAUGGCCAUGCCGCCGCCGCUGCAUCCGCUGCCCCUAGACCAUGCGGGCUCCGUAGACUUAGGAUCCGAGUAUCCGGAGCACUACGAUCUGGAGAACGCCAGCUCCAUAGCCCCCUCGGACAUCGACAUUGUGUACCAUUACAAGGGCUACCGGGAGGCGGGUGGCUUGCGCAAGUACAAGGCCACGGCUCCGCCCGUCUCCGCCUACACGCACCACAAGCACCAGAGCGCCGCCGCCCAGCAGCAGCAGCAUCGCCAUGGAGCACCCUUCGUCAGUCGAGGUGGCGGUCAGGGCGGUCAGCCCCCACCGCCACCCACAAGUGCCUCGCGCACCCACCAAAGCACACCGCUGGCAAGACUCUCGCCCAGCUCCGAGCUGAGCUCACAGCAGCCGCGUAUCCUCACACUCCACGACAUCUCGGGGAAGCCGCUACAGAGUGCCCUGCUGGCCACCACCUCCAGUUCGGGCGGCGUGGGCAAGGACGCCCUGCACAGCAACAGCGAGCGCAGUCUUAACAGUCCCGUGAUGUCGCAGCUCUCCGGCCAGAGCUCCAGCGCAAGCCGGCAGAAGCCAGGAGUGCCGCAACAGGCGCCUCCGCAGACCUCCAUGGGCCUGACGGCCGAGGAGAUCGAGAGGCUCAAUGCUCGGCCGAGAACCUGCAGCCUGGUCUCUACCCUGGAUGCCGUCUCCUCCAGCAGCGAGGCGCCUCGAGUGCCCAGCAGUGCCCUGCACAUGUCGCUGGGUGGAGGUAUGCACAACACGGACGUGGACGCCCAUAGCUCCACCUCCACGGAUGAGAGCGGCAACGACAGCUUCACCUGCUCCGAGAUUGAGUACGACAACAACAGCCUGAGCGGCGAUGGCAAGUACUCGACCAGCAAGAGCCUCCUGGAUGGACGGAGUCCCGUGGCCCGAGCGUUGAGCGGGGAACCGAGCAGGAAUCCCAGUGUGGUGAAGACACCGCCCAUUCCCCCGCAUGCCUAUGAUGGAUUCGAGUCCUCGUUCCGGGGAUCACUUAGCACCUUGGUGGCCAGCGAUGAGGAUAUAGCAAACCACCUCAGCGGCAUCUAUCGCAAGGCCAACGGGGCUGCCUCUCCGGGCUGGGAGUACCUCCUCAACUGGGGGCCCAGCUACGAGAAUCUGAUGGGCGUGUUCAAGGACAUUGCCGAGCUGCCGGACACCAAUGGUCCACCGUCACAGCAGCAGCAGCAGCAACAGCAACAGAAUCAGCAGCAGACGCUGCAAACCCAAGCGGCGUCGACCCUGAGAAUGCCAUCCAGUGGGCCAGCGCCGCCAGAGGAGUAUGUGUAAGGGAGCACCAAGAAAGGAUAUAGCUACAGGUCCUGCGUGUGUUGAGAAAAUACCAUCUCCUAUUGGAAAGAGGUAGCAUAGAUUGCUCCCUACCUAAAGUUAUGUGUAAAUUUCUGUGUAAAGUGUUGACAUUAAGUAAUGCCAUUUCAUUUCGCAAUGUACAAUGAAAACGUAACGAAGUUAGACCGUAA